CCCGCCCUUCCAUCUCAGUAUAUAAUAAGGUAGCAGUGAGGGUCGUCUCGCUAACUUAACAAGCACUCACGAACUUCGGACGCCUGUCAACAUAUUAAAUCUCAAAUUUGGAAUUAGCAAAAUGAGGGGAUUCACUUGCGUUCUCGUAGCGCUGGCAGCAGCAACUUGCUCCAAUGCAUACUCUACCGGUGCCCCGGAAUCGGCCUGUAAGGACAUGAUUCCCAGGCAUCCUGUGUCUCCGCAAACCUCGCUCCCGCCUUAUAUCAUCACAACCAGUGCUAAGGUAGUGAAAGCCGGUACCCCCAUAGAAGUGGUAAUUUCUGGCAAGGACAAGUCCAAUACCAUCGCCGGAUUGCUCCUACAAGCGCGCAAAGGUGACAAGCCCAUUGGCACCUUUAAAAUCACCCCUCCAAAUAACCAGAUCGCUCAACUGCUCAACUGCGGAACCCCUGGCAACGCCGUCACCCACAAGAAGCAUGACUCCAAACAAGACAAGCAGACAGUGGCAUUUACGUGGACCCCACCCGCAGACUUUACCGAUAUAAUCAAAUUCAGAGCCACUAUCGCUUACAACGGUGCCGUGUUCUGGGUUGGCGUGGAAUCAGCCCCCAUCAAAGUUGUUGCCUAAAUCAUAAUUUAGAAUAAUUUGGUACUAUCAGUGUACUUAACGUAAUCACUAUUCAAGUUAUAAUUAACUACCCUACAGUAUUCAGAUUUCAAUAAAUAUUUAAAUUAAACAGUUACAUAUGUAUGACAAAAAAUAAAUAUUCACAA